AUGCUCAAAUCAUCAUUCAGCGUUGUUGCAAGACGCUCUGCUUCCCAGCUCACACGCCCCAUCAUCAGUUCCCAGUUCCACUCAGCCCGGAUUCUCCAGCGAAAUAACAUGGUCCCAUCCGUCGCUAUAGUAGGAGGUGGACCCUGUGGCUUGACCCUGGCACGAUUGCUGGAGGUCAAAGGUGUGGACUAUGUCGUCUAUGAGCGUGACGAAUCGUCCAGCAUCUCAGAUCGGGGCGGUGGCUCGCUCGAUAUCCACCCAAAGACGGGGCAGCUGGCACUCCGAGAAGCAAAACUUCACGACGCAUUCUUGAGACAUGCCAGAUAUGAGGACGACAAGUUUGACCUCUUUGAUCCUCAGGGUAAACGCUGGGGUGAGGUUGGUGGCGAGAAGGAAGAGGGCGACGUCAUCCCGACGGAGGAAGAACGGCCAGAAAUUGACCGUCUGGCACUGCGGCAGAUCUCGCUAGACUCCAUCCCAAAGGAAAAGAUCCAAUGGGGGCACGGGCUCAAGAGAGCAGUCUUUGAUGCCGAUGGUAGACCUGUCCUUGAGUUUGCCAACGGUACUACGGAAUCUGGAUUCAACCUCGUGGUUGGUGCUGACGGAGCCUGGAGCAAAAUACGCCCCUUGAUCACCGAGGCCAAGCCCAAGUAUUCAGGUAAACUCUAUAUUGAGACGAGGAUACGACAGGGAAAUCCAAUCCACGAUUACAUGGCCACCAAGUUUGGCCCCGGGUCUAGUUCCGUCUUCGAUGGGCCUAAAUCUAUCGUUAUCCAACGGCAAGGCGACCAUACCUACCGAAUUUACUACGGAGCCGCUGUCCCAGAAGACUUUACCCAGACCACAGCCGAUUUGUCGAACGCGGAGUCGACGCGAGCUCUACUUCUAUCGGAAGACUUCUUUGGCGGAUACGCGGAGGAGUUCAAAGAUUUGAUUCGGCACUCAGACAAUUUCCGGGGAUGGCCGCUCUAUGGUCUACCAGUUGAGGCCAUGGGUUGGAAGUCUGUGCCUGGUGUGACGUUGGUUGGAGACGCUGCUCACGUCACGAUUCCUUCAGGCGAGGGUGUCAACGUGGCCAUGAACGAUGCGUUGGUCUUGGCGAACAAGCUGGAGCAGCAUGGCACGGCGCAAGGCCGGGAUCGUGCGGUCCGUGAAUACGAGGAGGACAUGUUCUUGCGCGGUAAGGAGACGAUUGAGGAGAGUUGGAAGUUGUGGGAGCUGCUGUCUCAUCCUGGUGGACCAAAAGCCAUUCUGGAAAUCUUCCUGCAGAGUGGAGCUGGAAAGGAAUGA